ACACAGGACUCGUGAAACAAAUCUACAGCCGGCAAAAUGGUCGAAUGGACAGACUUCGAGCGCGCCACCAUCCAGGACAUCUUCUCCAAGAUGGACUAUGAGGUCGUGGGACCUGCAGCUCUUUCCAGGUGUCUGGUCGUUUACCCCUGGACUCAGAGGUAUUUCGGCAACUUUGGAAACCUCUACAACGCCGCUGCUAUCAUUGCAAAUCCGAUGGUUGCAGCUCACGGAAAAGUUGUCCUCCACGGUCUCGACCGGGCUGUGAAGAACAUGGACGACAUAAAGGGCACAUAUGCAGAGCUGAGUGUGCUGCACUCCGAGAAACUGCACGUGGAUCCUGACAAUUUCAGGCUGCUGGCUGACUGCCUGACCAUUGUGGUUGCUGCAAAGCUGGGUAAAGCCUUCACUGGUGAUGUCCAGGCAGCUUUUCAGAAGUUCCUGGCCGUGGUGGUGUCCUCCCUGGGAAGGCAGUACCACUAGAGAGAAAGAAGACCAUCACAUGCUGAUCAUUUGUGAAAAAACAUUAUUUUGAUCAUGUCUCAAGAGCAUAAAUAAAUAAAACAAUAAGCAUAUUCAACAA